AUGCGACACAACGCCUGCCACCUCCCAAAUGGUCUGACAUUCACGGUGUCUCCCGUCUUUGGUGGGGUCACAUUCAAAUCCAACGAUCUAAACGUCCACAACUCCACUUUCCCCCCGGGCUGGACGAUCAUCAUCCAUAGCGAGAAGGCCUUGAAAGAGCCAGAGGAUGAUCGAGGUCGCCCCGGGCUUGAGACGGGUCGCCCGUCAUCCAGUGCCGGUGACCAGAACAUCACGCGAUUCACCACCCCCACCUUGCGUCGCGAUUGCCUCUACAUUUCCUACAUUGUCAAUCCCCCAUCAACCGAGUUCAAACCGAGCUCGUCGCCCACGCGUCAGAUUGCUAUGAUGCUAUGGGCGACGCUAUGGUGGUACUUCCACGAGGCUGAACCCGACCUUCACUUGGAUACGGCCGCGUGUGCGACUACCCCGCACGGAGGACGCCCAAAGGGCGAAUGGCGGGUAAAUAUUCGGCGAGAGGGGAUUUUCAAGGGCAGGAAUCUUCUACAGAAGCUUGAGCGAAUGGGUUUGAUUGCAAGUGAAGACUCGUCUGUGGGCUUACAGCCAGUGGAAACCCGAGACUCGAGUAGCUGGUCAAACAUGUUCGUCAGUCGACGGAGCUUCUGGCAGCUAGAUCCUCGUUUGUUUCUUUUCACACUCACACCGCUAGCGGCGCCCCCAUCGCCAUCGAUCACUCCUUUUCAAUCUCGCCAUGCAUCUCCCGCACGAGAUGGAUUGCCGGCCUCGACAAUAUUACAACCCACUGAAGCGAAGUUCCAUACCGCCAGCAUCGGCUCAUUUACCUCAGGCGGACCUUUCACCUCAGCCACGCCCACACAAUAUACAUUUACCAAGGGAGUCCGGCACCCUAUCCGCCCGAAACCACCGCAUCAAGGCGAAGUCUUCUACGUGCGCUACAUUCCUAGUGUCCAAGAGUACCUUUCCUUCCGGGUCCCAUUCCUGCCGAUGACCAAGACAAAAGUGACACCAGCCUCAACCAACGACAGCCGACCAUCCACACCAACUCGGACUGUUAGCUCCGCAGUGACUAGCGUGGAACAGCAUUUGUGUCAGGACGUGCCGUCUGACCUUGAUACGCUCCACAAGUGGAUGAAUGACCCUCGUGUUGAAGCUAUGUGGGGUGUUGGAGGACCAAAGGAAGUCCAAGAGAAGUUUUUGUUGACCAAUCUUACCAGUCGGCAUAGCUUCCCAGUUAUUGGAUGCUGGGAUGGAAAACCUUUUGGGUACUUUGAGAUCUACUGGGUCAAGGAGGACCCAUUGGGUCGUUUAUUGGAACGAGUCGACAACUAUGAUCGAGGUAUUCAUCUUCUGGUCGGCGAGCAGGAAUUCCGCGGACCGCACCGAGUGGCCGUCUGGUUGACAGCUCUGGUGCAUCAUUGUUUUUUGAGUGAUUUGAGAACAGAGUCUGUUGUUCUAGAACCUCGAGUUGACAAUGUAAAGCUCAUUCAAUAUCUCCAAGAAGCUGGCUUCUAUAAAGAGGGCGAGGUCACAUUCCCACACAAACAGUCCGCAGUGAUGAGAAUCACGAGGGAUGCAUGGGAGGCCCCGGCCCUUUGA